AUGUCUUGUCAUAUUUCAUGGUGUCAAUAUGAUUUAAACAAUGUAGUUCGAGGUACAAAAAUGUCUGUUAAUGAUGAUAUAUUUGUAUCGGCAUCAAACUCUUUCGCCAACUUUGCUGUUAUCAUGCACCCAUUCAGAAAUACGAGUGCCGGAGGACCUAUACGAUGUAAUAUGAGAUACGAUAUAUCUGAUCGUUAUGUUCAUAGCGUGGCAGUAGUAGGUAUUGCUAAAAAUAGCACUAAUGCUGAACAAUUUAUAUUUGUUUUUGCUGCGGAGAAAAUGUUGACAAUAACUCCAUGUUUUUGUAUUGGUUAUAUAACAAAAUCAACAUGCAACUCUACAGUUCAGUGUACAGAUAUGGGUACAGGAGGAUUUCAUCAAGAAUAUUUUCUUAUUGCUGUCGAUAAUAAUGGUACUUUUGCUUAUGGUUUUGCGAGUUCAUUUGUAUUUAAAUUAGAUAUUUAUGCUAAUAAUAUGACUUUAAAUGUUACGACGAAUUCUGUUUGGCCAUCAUCAGGCUUUAUUCCACAUGCUGUUGAUGUAGCUAAUACGUGGGCAGUAGUUGCGUGUUAUGGAUACUUGAAUGAUGUGAAAAAAAACUAUGCAGCACUUGUAUGUUUAGUUAAUCUUUCUACCAUAAUAAAUGCAUCUUGUACGAAUUUUACUUCUGAAACGACAUAUUUUGUACCAUCGAAUGUUGUCUCAUACAAUGAACUUUAUGAAUUAUCAGUUUCAAUUCGUAGUAAAAAGGUUCUCGUUGGAGUGCAUCGGCUUUCAACGGUUGUCGUUCUUGAAAAUCUAGGAUCAUCAUUAAAUGUUACCCAUAAACAUACAUUAUCCUAUACUUAUGCUUCUUCGUUCGGUCGUGUCGUAGAUUGGGCAGAUGAUACAACAAUUGCUGUAUUAGUUGUAGAUGCAGAUGCAACACCUUGGUCGAAAUCACAAAUAUUCUUUUAUGAUGAACAGUCAAUUAUGUUGACUUCUCCUUACUUUACUUUUCCUAAUAAUCAACAAAUAUUGGGUAGCCGUUUGUUACGUCCAUCUUUUGCUCGAUUUGGUAUUACCAGUGGAGGCAAUAUGGCUAUACUUACAGAUAAUGCUGAUAUUUUAAUUAUUCCUAGUGCUUCUGCUGGUUACACAUCGACAUGGAUUGAUACUACACAACUCGUAUUCGUAUUCUAUUUUGAGCCGAAUCUUUGUAUUGGUGGAACAUAUAAAAACCGUUCAAGUUUAGGCCCAUGUCAAAUUUGUCCUUCACAUACUCGAAAUCCUGGCACACUUGUUAAUGGAGUCCUUCAAUGCAUACCAUGUUCGAACAGUUCAUCAAAUUCAUUUUGUCCACUUGCAUCCCUAGCGGAUAUUGACUUGAAUACAGUACUUUCUUAUAGUCAAGCAGUUGCUUAUCCUGAAACAGGUGAUACAACAGAUGUUGAAGAUCUCUUGUUAAAAAAUAUGUUUCAAAUUAAUUCCAAUCAACGUUGUUUAGUUAUUUCUCCACUUUUUUGGACAUUAAUUGUCGGCGGUGUAUGUUUUUUUAUUUUACUAUUUAUGAUUAUAAUUAGGGAAUGUGAAUGCCAAAAAUUUACAAAAGGUAGACACAAAGCUAAGAUUGUUUUUAAACAUACAGAUAUAAUUGGCGAAGGUGAAAAGUUGGCUGGUGGGUUAGCAACAUUGGCUGUUCUUGUAUUGAUUUCAUUUUCUUAUUGGUUUUCUAUAUCAUUUUUACGACGUUAUCCAAUCGAAGAGAUUUCUGAACCAGCUAGAUUUGCUUGUGAUCAAUCAUUGAUAAAUGCACAAUUUUCUAGUGGUCUUGUACUUCUUGAUAUUCCUAAAUUAGAAAAAGAACAGCCAAUUUUUGAUCUGUUUGAUGCACAAAUAUUUUAUUUAACUGUUGAAUUAAUUAAUACUGGAUUUACAUGUAAUUUUAUUACUACACAAGAAAACCUUAGUGGCAGUAAAUAUGUGCACUUAGUAAAUAAUUGCACACAAUCAAUUUCAGAAGCGACAACAUCUAUAACACUUCCUGUACCGAAACAUGAGACAACUGUGCAGUUUAAUAUGACUGGUCCUCAUUGGAUCGGUGCUAUUCGUAUAUGUAUUCAAGGACAAGGUAAAAUAAAUAUGAGCAGUACAUUACGUCAACUAGAUUUUUGUCGAUUUUAUUCGACACCUAAUGAAGCUAUUGGUAGAGCAACUUAUAUUCCAAUUAUAUUUAUUAAAAACAUUAAUAUGACAAAUGCACUGAGAGAAUCAGAUGAAACUCUUUAUUCAGGUUUAUGGAUGCCAACUUUCACUACUGUGCCACUAUCGGAUGAAGCCUACUAUGUAGACUUUGGGAAUUAUUUACGUUAUAUGUCUUCUUUAACUGUGAUCCAAGUAAUGCUUGAAGAACGUCCAUUUUUUAUUAAAAAUAUUGAACAACCGAUUGUUCGAACAGGUGAAUUAGUUUUCAAGGUUUUGUUAUUUACUUCUUUAUGUAUUGAACUAUUUGCUUUUGGAUUUCUUAUCAGCAAACUUUUGAUUUUACCAUUAUUGCGACGGAUUCUACAUUUAAAGAAAAAAGAUCCUGACAAAAAGAUUAAAUCACAGAAUUCAACUCGGUGUACUAAAUCAUCAUCACGCUCAAAAUCUUUUCAUAAAGCAAAUGCUACUCGAAAGAUGGCAAAUGAUCAGUCGAUGGCUCUCGCAAUAGACACAUUGACAUUCGAUCAAAAUCAACAAGACAAACACAAUAAAUAUUUAACAUUGGAUAUUGAAUUAAAUUCAUCUGUACUUAAUUAUAGAUUUUAA